AUGCAAAUUUCAUCUCAUACUCCAGAUUAGACUAAAAGAUUUUUUGCAAAUCCUAUGAUCAGUAAUAAAACAUAAGAAAUAUUCAGAAAGUAGAUAAAAGAAAGGGAAAUUGUCUCAAAAGAAAAUGGUAUUUAACAGCUUCAAAUAUUAAAAGACUAGCAAGUUCAGAGAGGACUCUAAGAUUAGCCAAACUACAAAGGAAGAAUAAAUACUCAAUUUCAAUCACCUACUUACGCAUCUAAUGAGUUAUUUUACCAGGAUGAUAAGGGAGUAUUGAAGCCAAAUGCUUUUAGAGCUGCUUCAUCACAAUAAGCUCAAGAUAAAUUUAUGAGAACUAGUCAAGUUUAACCACCUCCAUUCUAAGAAAGCAGGACUCAAUUUCUACUUUAGCAAGAUGGAGAAAUGACUAGGAAUAAUUUCGGCAAGCGAGUUAGCUUAAACAUGAAGAAUUACUCUUCAAUAUCUAUAGGAGAGAAUGAUGAUCUUAGAAAAGCUUAUGAAAGAUCUGCCAGUUAAUAAAGCGCAAAAUCAGCUUCUAGAAUUAACAUUAGAAAUGCAUCAAAAUAAAAUUCCUUAAAUUUUUCUGUGGUAAGUUAGAAAGUCUUGAAUUAAAGUGUAAUUUAAGGACAUACUCAGUAAUAAAUUGGCUUUAGUCCGAGAUAAAUUAGAGACAAGUCUAUUUAAAAUAAAAAAGCUGAUGUAAAUUAAACCUCUUAAAAGGCCACAUAUGAAGGAGUAGCCUCAGAUAAACAGCUUGCAGAGACUAAGAUAAUUUGGCCCAGUAAAUGCAAAUAAAGUACAGGACCUAUUCCAUUUUCUAAAAAUGCAAAGAGCAUUCCGGAUAGUGGUCCUAAAAAGACAAUGGUACCAAGUGUCUUAGAAUUAGGAUCUAAUACUGAACCAGAUAGUGGAAAUACCCCUAGAUAAAACAAAUACUAUGAAUUGAAAUUAUUGAGUCCAAAGACAUAAAGUAUUACAUCCGUUGUAAACAACUUUUCUGGUGAUUAAUUCAAAUUCAUGCAUAAUGAAAGGGAAUAAAGCCGUGAAAAGAUGAGAGAAUAGAUAAUUCAAAGAUUUUACAAGGAUAAGGCUAAUUCAAUUUUGAAUGAAAAAGCAGAGAAGCUUAAGCUGUAACAUCUAUAGGAUACAAAUGUAUCUCUUUAAGUAGGAAGAGAUGAUUCUGAGAUUAGAUAGCAGGCCAUAUGGGAUCAUUAUUAGUAUAUAUAGGGCUAGAUCCAAUGCAAAUUAGCAAAGAAAAAUUAGGAGAAUUCAUAGCUUUAAGAGCAAAACUUGGAGCUAAGAGAUUAAAUUGACCGAUUCAAUAAAUGGAAGAACUAGCUAGAAUCGAAAAAGAAAGAACAAGAUAAGAAAGUCAUUCAAGAUGGUUUGGCCAAGAUCAUUUAAGAAAAAUCUACUGAUCAAUAAACUAGCUUGAAAUGUAAUACGCAAAAUGCCUAAAUCCUAAAGUAAGCCAUUAGACAAGAAUAUAAAACCAGAAAAAGAGAAUCUAUGAUUGAAAAUCCUAGCAUGUUGCAAGGACAUAUUCAGUCAGAGAUGAAGUUUAGACAAUAAUAGAAAUAAGAAGAUAUGAAUGAAAACAGUGCCAUCCAUGAAAUUAAAAUUAUGAAGCCUUUCAGAAUGGUUUAAUGA